UUCUUCUUCAUCCGACAUGACAGUGAACGCCGCAUUUGUGCCAUCGUCACUUCCGAAACAACGUUUUCCUGUUAGAGAUGGCGGCGACCUUGUGUGUAAAAUUACUACCGAAACAGGGAUGGCUUCCUCUCACACAGAUUGUGAGGCACGGCUCCAAAUCUGUGACUCGCCAAAGGAAACCGAUGCACUUCCUCAAACAGAAGCUCAUGGCUGUCACUAGGUACAUUCCCCUCCCACCGGCCAUUCCUCCAGGAGCAUAUCCACGCAAAAUCGGACAAGACCUGGAGGGCACCCCUUACAUGUUAAACAUGAAGAGGGAUUUGAAGAGCCUGUUCCAGGACUGUAAGAUGGUCGCUGUGGUCCAGAACAGCAGCAGUACAGCUCAAGACAUGAUUCUUCUCAAAUACAAACUGUAUAAACAUGGCAUCACUGUCAGGUUAUUCACCAACCAGGUGAUGCGGUCGUUCCUGAAAGACGGCGUUUACUCCAACAUGGCUCCUUUGUUCGUUGGUCCCACGGUUCUGUUUGUUAGUAAAGAGCCAAAGGUGAAGGAGAUGCUGUUGUGUCUGAAGUCCAGCCGGUACAUGUUACUCCUGGGAGCCUGUAUAGACAACACAUUGAUGACUGCACAGGGGGUGGUGAGCUACUCCAAACUGCCAUCAGUGGCUGUUGUGCAGGGUGAGCUGGUCAGUGGGCUGACCAUGAUGACCUCCCACACAGCCUCCAUGCUGCAGCGCCACCCGGCUCACCUGUCCGCCCUCCUCCAGCAGUACGUCAAACAGCAGAGCCUGGACAACAGCACAGAGGGAACUCCUAAUGAAGAGGAGGCCACUUAGAGCUGUAGAGGAAGUUACUGGGACUGUUACCAUGUGGAUUUCCAGUUGCUUAAAAUGACGAGGGGACGUUGGGUUGGAUGCAUAUUUAGAAUUUAUUAUGAUUUAGCACCAAAGUAGCAGGCACACCUUUAAGAUUAGUCUGCAAAGAACAAGUUGGUAAUUUACUCAAUCUUAAAAAUGUGAGUAGAGCGGUUCAAUUGGUGCCAAAUUCAACUAAAUCGUACAAUGUGCAUCCACCUAGAGGAGCACUGGCUGCUGUGAAUGAAGGAGUCUACAGACUUGACUGUUUUCAGUGCACCUCAAUGUUUCGUCUUGUUUUGUCUUGGAUGGACAGUGCUGCAAAAAACAUUCAGUGUCGCCCAAGCAAUUAUUUUAUUUAAAGGUAUUGUCAUAUAUAAAUAAACUAUUUCAAAACAAUCUA